AUGUCCUUUCCCAUUCGCCAUCUUCUUUCCCUCCAGACAAUCAGGCAUGCCGGAACUAGAAGCAGGUCAAAAUACGAUACCAUCCGUCUACAUUGCAUGAGAAAUGCUAAAAUUGGCGGCUUUUUUAUUUGUGAGCCACUAACCCUGUCUAAUUUGUUCCGAUCUCCUCGUAGCCACAAAUCAAGGAAAAGAUAUCGAGGAGAUGGAACCGGGUCUAGGUUAAAUGGACGUGGUUCCAAGGGGCAAAAGUCACGGUCUGGUCCUGGAAUUCCGCGUGGAUUUGAAGGAGGACAGACCGAAUUACGAUUCAGAUUUCCAAAAAAGUCUGCCGAAAUUAAAAGCAUGGAAAGGGCGUAUGAGGGGUAUGGCCGGAUCCAUCUUGACCAAAUCCAAAGAUGGCUUGACAUUGGACGUUUGGACGGCUCAAAGCCACUAACGCUGUCUUCAUUCUAUGAUGCCGGGUUAACAUCCAUCAGAAGAGGGUUGCUCAUCACCGAUGGCGGUUGUGAACACUUUACCCAUAUUGUCCAUAUUGAAGCAACAGAAUUUACACCAGAAGCCAUUGGGCGGAUUGAGGAAUUAGGAGGAAAGGCAAUAGCCGUUUACCACUCGCGAGAAGACAUCAAAGUUUUAACGCGUCCAGAGUUUUACUUUUUCACCGAAGCUAGGAAAUGGGUUUUAUUCAAAAAGUAUGCUGGGCAGCUAUCUUCUUAUCUUGUUUCCAGGAAUCUUCCCGGACAUUCUGUUGAGGCACUUAAGAAUCGGCUUACGGAGAGGGAGUUUCAUAACUUUGUGAUGAAUGCUAACUUUGAAGCUGGGCGGGUCCUUAAGAGAAGAAACAUGGUACGCUUCUCCCUGUUUGAUGUGUUUGGAGAUCUUAUCAAAGGAGAGAGAGGGAUAAAGAAAACCCAAACCAGGGAAAGCAUUAGGGCUAUACUGAAAGGCCAGCCCGAGUCACUAGCAUCCGCACUUAUUCGUGGAUUUCUUCCUCCCUUCUCAUCGCCAAAAGAAUAUAAAGAUAUUCUUUUCUAUACGUCUGACGAAAAGAGAGGCUAUCUCAGCAACCAUGUUUUGACAUCUGUUCUUUCAAAUAAGCAUUCAGAGUUCUCUUCUCAAAUUUACCCUGGAUUGAAAUAUUGGAUUGAAAAGAACUAUAUUGUAUUUACUAGAGAUCAGGAACAAUACGACCUGGUUGUUGGCCAUUUUCGGUGGGAAAAUGCCAGACUCAAAGCUAUUAAAACACAACAGGAAGAAACGGCAAAGGAAACGGCAAAAAGAGAUCGAAUACUGGCCAUUCUUCAGGAAAAGGGUCUAAAACUCGAUGUUCCUCGGUUUGUCGGUCCCAAGGAACCAUGGAGAAUUAGGAAGGAGGGAUCUGGAGAGGUUGUUCUCUUGCCAAUAGACUACGACCCAUCCUCCGCACAUCCCACACAAGAAGCCAACGCACUUUAA